AUGUGUUUUUUUUACCGAUAUACUAUUUUAGGUCUUGGAGAUCGAGAGCUAUAUACCUUGUUAUAUCGUCAUCUCUGUUCUCGAUUGCCAAAUGAAGAAAUUGAAUUUCAAAGAUCCCUCAACUUUCCACCGAAAUAUGUCACCAUAAAUGUUGAUUUUGCUGUCUUUGAUGAAAAUUUACUCAAGAUUGAAGACGAAUCCAAAUACAGCCUCUAUAAAGUGCCUUUCUUCCACAUCUACGUUACCGACUGUGCGGAUUUGGAUACCUAUAAAACUAAGCACAAACUGCAAAUAAGUGAAUGGUUAAGAACUCUGAAAAACUACGAUGUAAAUGAUUGGUGCAUUAUCCUUAUUACUAGUGCUGAUGGCUCGAGAAUGAAGUCAAAAUUAAAUCUGACGAAAUCAUCUGUGUACGAUAAGAUUAGAAAUGAUUUCAACAUCACGAAGCAGCAGGAUAGAUGCUUCCAAUUGGUAGAUCCUACGAGCAAAAUGCCUCGUUCAUUAGAAUCUUGGACUUACCUAACGAACAGACUUAGGAGAUUAUUAUUAAUAUCAUUUAGUACUCAUCUCAUACAGUUUGAAGAAAAAUUACGAUUGAUACGCAAUAAAAGAAAUGAUGCAAAUUGGAACUAUUGUACCUACUUUAGAUUACAAGAAGAGUUAGCCAUUGUAUAUGAAUUGAUGGGAUUGGAUGAUGAAUGUUUAAUUCAGUACCGCGAAUUAGAUGCCUUGCUAAGUGAAUUUAUCAGUGAUGCAAUAAAUAAAGGUAUAAAGAUACAACUCGUUUGUUUGAAUAUUUUAAAUUCGAAAUUGUAA